GGUCUGAUGACGCAGAGGGCCCUGUGCUUCCCCCACGUGUGCGGCUGCUAGCUUGGCAUCGGCCAAACGGCGGCGGCCCCUUUCCCCGAGGGUUUAAUCAGUGUCAGCUCCAGCGCGGGGACCUCGGCGGCUCGGGGCGCUGAGUUUGAAGCAGUGAGCGCUGGGAGCGUCCAGGGAGAACGGCCCGGGGCCAUGGAGCACUUCUUCCUGGAGGUGGCGGCCUCCUCUCUGCGAUUAAUCGCUGCCAAGAACGAGAAGAGCCGCAGCGAGCUAGGCAGAUUCUUGGCUAAGCCGGUGUGGACACCUCAGGAUCGCCAGUGUGUACUGAGUACCUUAGCACAGUUACUCCUGGAUAAGGACUGUACUGUGCUGGUUGGGCACCAGCUGCGCCCUCUCCUUUUGGAUUUGCUGGAAAGGAAUGCUGAAGCCAUUAAAGCCGGAGGCCAGGUCAACCAUGAUCUACAUGAACGUCUGUGUGUGUCCAUGAGCAAACUCAUUGGUAACCAUCCUGAUGUCCUCCCGUUUGCCCUGAGAUAUUUCAAGGAUGCUUCUCCAGUCUUUCAAAGACUCUUCCUAGAGAGUUCAGAUGCUAAUCCGGUACGCUAUGGGCGCAGGCGCAUGAAGCUCCGGGAUCUAAUGGAAGCAGCCUACAAGUUUCUGCAGCAAGAACAGUCUGUGUUCCGGGAGCUCUGGGACUGGAGUGUGUGUGUCCCUCUCCUCAGAAGCCAUGACACAUUGGUCCGCUGGUACACAGCCAAUUGUCUUGCUUUGGUCACCUGUAUGAAUGAAGAGCACAAGUUAUCAUUCCUUAAGAAGAUUUUCAGUAGUGAAGAAUUGAUCCAUUUCAGGUUGAGGUUGCUAGAAGAGGCCCAGCUGCAGGACUUGGAGAAGGCUUUGGUUUUGGCCAAUCCGGAAACCUCUCUUUGGCGUAAGAAGGAGCUGCAGUGCUUACAGGGACACCUUUUUUCAGCCGACCUUUCCUCCAGGGUGACUGCUGUCUGUGGCGUGGUGUUGCCUGGGCAGCCACCUACACUUGGAGAGCAGGCUAGUAAUAGGAGUUCUUCAUGUGAACAGGAGCUGGCCCUUAGGUCUUAUGUGCUGGUUGAGUCAGUCUGCAAAAAUCUUCAGACCCUGGCUAUGGCAGUGGCUUCGCAGAAUGCUGUGUUGUUGGAAGGACCAAUAGGAUGUGGCAAAACUUCCUUAGUUGAACAUUUAGCUGCAAUGACAGGUAGAAGGAAGCCUCCUCAGCUUCUGAAAGUCCAGCUUGGAGAUCAGACUGACAGUAAGAUGCUGUUGGGGAUGUAUCGCUGUACAGAUGUCCCAGGAGAGUUUGUGUGGCAGCCUGGCACCCUGACCCAGGCAGCCACAAAGGGUCAUUGGAUCCUUCUGGAGGACAUUGACUAUGCCCCCUUAGAUGUGGUUUCUGUGCUGAUCCCUCUCUUGGAGAAUGGAGAGCUCUUGAUUCCUGGCCGAGAUGACUGUCUGAAAGUGGCUCCUGGAUUUCAGUUCUUUGCAACCAGGAGACUCUUGAGCUGGGGAGGAAAUUGGUAUCGACCACUAAAUAGUCAUGCUGCUUUGCUAGACAAAUAUUGGACCAAAAUUUACCUGGAUAACAUGGAUAAAACAGAACUGAAUGAGGUUCUUCAAAGCAGAUAUCCCAGUCUGUUGACAGCAGCUGAUCACCUGCUUGACAUUUAUAUCCAGCUUACUGGCGAGAAACAUCACUCUCAGAAUGAUAGUUGUAUUGGAUGUGAACAGUCACCUGAAAAAGUUUCAGAAGCUAGAAGAGAAAGCAGAAGACUGAGCCUUGAGGGAAGAGAGCUGUCUCUAAGGGACCUACUAAAUUGGUGUAAUAGGAUUGCCCAUACCUUUGACAGUUCUUCAUCAGCAUCAUUAACUAUUUUUCAAGAGGCUCUGGACUGUUUCACAGCAAUGCUUUCUAAGCAAACAAGCAAACUGAAAAUGGCAGAAAUCAUUGGAAGCAAAUUGAACAUUUCCAAGAAAAAGGCUGAGUUCUUCUGUCAACUUUAUAAACCAGAAAUUGUGAUCAAUGAGAUAGAUGUGCAAGUGGGUCGGGUGCGGCUUCUACGGAAACAGAGUGAGGCUGUCCACAUACAGAGGGAGAAGCUCACUUUUGCUGCCACAAGGCCAUCCUCUGUUCUUAUUGAACAGCUCGCUGUGUGUGUCAGCAAAGGGGAACCAGUGUUGCUGGUGGGAGAGACCGGGACCGGCAAAACCUCUACUGUCCAGUACUUGGCUCACAUUACUGGCCACCGUUUGAGGGUUGUCAAUAUGAAUCAACAGAGUGACACUGCAGACUUGCUCGGAGGUUACAAACCGGUGGACCAUAAACUUAUUUGGCUACCCUUACGGGAAGGAUUUGAGGACCUCUUUGCCCAGACGUUUUCUAAGAAGCAAAACUUUACAUUCUUGGGACACAUUCAGACCUGCUAUAGGCAGAAACGGUGGCAUGAUCUCCUCAGACUGAUGCAGCAUGUGCACAAGUCAGCUAUUAACAAGGAUGGAAAAGAGGGUGAAUCUGGAUUACUCCUAAAAGAGAAAUGGGAAGCAUUUGGUCUUAGGCUCAACCAUGCCCAACAACAGAUGAAAAUGACUGAAAAUGCCCUAUUAUUUGCAUUUGUAGAGGGCACAUUAGCUCAGGCUGUAAAGAAAGGAGAGUGGAUCUUGUUGGAUGAGAUUAAUCUGGCAGCUCCAGAAACAUUAGAAUGCUUGAGUGGUUUACUUGAAGGAUCCUCUGGCUCCCUGGUGUUGCUGGAUCGAGGAGACACAGAGCCACUCGUUCGCCAUUCUGACUUCCAUUUAUUUGCCUGUAUGAAUCCAGCAACUGAUGUGGGCAAAAGAAAUCUCCCAUCGGGAAUAAGAAAUAGGUUCACAGAACUUUAUGUGGAAGAAUUGGAGAGUAAAGAAGAUUUACAAAUUCUGAUUGUGGAUUAUCUGAAAGGAUUGAGUGUGAAUAAGAGCACGGUUCAAGGAAUCAUAAACUUCUACACAACUGUGCGGAAGGAGUCUGGAACCAAAUUGGUGGAUGGUACAGGCCAUAGACCUCACUACAGCCUUCGGACUCUCUGCAGGGCCCUGCGAUUUGCAGCCUUCAAUCCCUGUAGCAACAUCCAGCGCUCUCUCUAUGAGGGCUUUUGUUUGGGUUUCUUAACACAACUUGACAGGGCAUCACAUCCCAUAGUUCAGAAGCUCAUUUGUCAACACAUUGUCUCUGGCAAUGUCAAAAGUCUGCUGAAGCAGCCUAUUCCGGAACCAAAAGGAGGUCGGCUUAUCCAGGUCGAAGGCUACUGGAUAUCGGUGGGAGACAAGGAGCCUACAAUAGAUGAGACAUACAUUCUUACAUCUUCUGUCAAGCUUAACCUGAGAGAUAUAGUCCGAGUGGUGUCUGCAAGAACAUACCCAGUUCUGAUUCAGGGAGAGACAUCAGUUGGUAAAACAAGCCUGAUCCGGUGGCUGGCUGCAGCUACUGGAAACCACUGCGUGCGUAUUAACAAUCACGAACACACUGAUAUUCAGGAGUAUAUUGGUUGCUACACAUCCGACUCCUCAGGGAAGCUUGUAUUUAAAGAAGGUGUUCUCAUUGAUGCUAUGAGAAAGGGCUACUGGAUUAUUUUGGAUGAAUUAAAUUUGGCCCCUACAGAUGUGUUAGAGGCACUGAACAGACUGUUGGAUGAUAACCGUGAAUUGCUCAUAACAGAAACACAAGAGGUUGUUAAAGCACACCCUCGGUUUAUGCUUUUUGCCACCCAAAAUCCUCCAGGACUUUAUGGAGGCAGAAAGGUGCUUUCAAGGGCUUUCAGGAAUCGGUUUGUGGAAUUGCACUUUGAUGAAUUGCCUAGCUCUGAGUUGGAGACGAUCUUGCACAAACGGUGCAGUUUGCCACCCUCCUAUUGCAGCAAGUUGGUUAAAGUCAUGCUGGACCUUCAGUCCUACCGAAGAAGUUCUUCAGUGUUUGCCGGAAAGCAGGGCUUUAUCACGCUUCGUGAUCUGUUCCGAUGGGCUGAAAGGUACAGACUGGCUGAGCAGACUGAGAAAGAGUAUGACUGGCUGCAGCAUUUAGCCAACAAUGGUUUUUUGCUUCUGGCAGGACGAGUCAGGAAGCAGGAAGAAGUCGAUGUAAUUCAAGAAGUCCUUGAAAAACAUUUCAAGAAGAAACUGUGUCCUCAGUUUCUUUUCUCCAAAGAAAAUGUCCUAAAAUUGCUGGGUAAAUUGUCUACUCAGAUAUCCAUGUUAGAGUCCAAAUUCAGCCACAUUGUGUGGACUGAGGGUAUGCGGAGACUGGCGAUGCUGGUGGGAAGGGCAUUGGAAUUUGGUGAACCAGUGCUGCUGGUUGGAGAUACUGGGUGUGGGAAAACUACGAUCUGUCAGGUGUUUGCAGCAUUAGCAAAUCAGAAAUUAUACUCAGUCAACUGCCACUUACAUAUGGAGACAUCAGAUUUCCUGGGAGGGCUGCGGCCAGUGAGACAGAAGCCAAAAGAAAAGGAGGAAGUUGACACAUCAAGGCUCUUUGAAUGGCAUAAUGGGCCUCUGGUUUUGGCCAUGAAGGAAAAUGGCUUUUUCCUGUUGGAUGAGAUCUCACUGGCUGAUGACUCUGUCCUGGAACGACUCAACAGUGUCCUUGAAGUGGAAAAGUCUUUGGUAUUAGCUGAAAAAGGCAGUCUAGAGGACAAGGAUAAUGAGGUAGAGCUGUUGACUGCUGGGAAAAAAUUCCGUAUCUUAGCAACCAUGAACCCUGGGGGUGACUUUGGAAAAAAAGAGCUUUCUCCUGCCUUACGAAAUCGGUUUACUGAAAUAUGGUGCCCUCAAAGCACAAGCCGGGAAGAUUUAAUUGAGAUUAUCUGUCACAAUCUUCGUCCAGGAUUGUCUCUGGGCAGAGUGGAUCAUAAAGGGACUGAUAUAGCUGAAGUAAUGUUGGAUUUCAUUGACUGGCUGACCCGCCAGGAGUUUGGCAGAAGAUGUGUGGUCAGUAUCAGAGAUAUCUUGUCCUGGGUUAACUUCAUGAACACAAUGGGGGAGGAAGCUGCUUUGAAAAGGCCAGAGACCAUCUCCACUGUGACUUCUUUCGUCCACGCCGCGUGCCUGGUGUACAUAGAUGGAAUAGGUUCAGGGAUUACUUCCUCUGGGUUUGGUACAGCCCUCUUGGCUCGCAAAGAAUGUUUGAAAUUCCUAAUCAAGAAACUUUCCAAGAUAGUUCGAUUUACAGAAUGUCAGAAAAAUGAGUUGAAGAUUUAUGACAAACUCAAGGCCAGAGAAUUCACUGGGAUAGAUAAUCUUUGGGGAAUUCAUCCAUUUUUUAUACCAAGGGGACCUGUGCUGCACAGGAAUAAUAUUGCCGACUAUGCACUCAGUGCAGGCACCACGGCUAUGAAUGCUCAGAGGCUUUUAAGAGCUACAAAACUGGAUAAACCUAUUCUCCUGGAGGGUUCCCCUGGUGUGGGCAAGACCAGUUUGGUGGGAGCAUUAGCAAAGGCGUCUGGCAACACUCUUGUUCGAAUCAACUUGUCGGAGCAGACGGACAUCACGGACUUGUUUGGAGCAGAUCUGCCUGUUGAAGGUGGCAAGGGAGGAGAGUUUGCUUGGCGCGAUGGCCCCUUGCUGGCAGCUCUGAAGGCAGGCCACUGGGUCGUGUUGGAUGAGCUUAACCUGGCUUCUCAGUCUGUAUUGGAAGGGCUCAAUGCUUGUUUUGACCACCGAGGAGAAAUCUUUGUUCCUGAGUUAGGAAUGAGCUUUCAAGUUCAGCACGAGAAGACAAAGAUUUUCGGAUGUCAAAAUCCUUUUAGACAAGGAGGUGGGAGGAAGGGCUUGCCUAGGUCUUUCCUUAACAGAUUCACUCAGGUCUUUGUGGAUCCUCUUACUGUCAUUGACAUGGAAUUCAUUGCCAGUACUUUGUUUCCUGCCAUUGACAAAAAUAUUGUUAAGAAAAUGGUUGCUUUCAAUAACCAAAUUGAUCACGAGGUGACUGUUGAAAAGAAAUGGGGGCAAAAAGGAGGACCCUGGGAGUUCAACCUCCGGGACCUUUUCCGCUGGUGUCAGUUGAUGCUGGUUGAUCAGUCCCCUGGGUGUUAUGACCCUGGUCAGCAUGUGUUUUUGGUCUAUGGAGAAAGAAUGAGAACCAGGGAAGACAAAGAAAAGGUCAUUGCCAUGUUCAAGGAUGUGUUUGGCUCAACUUCUAACCCAUACAUGGGAUCCAGAUUCUUUCAUAUCACUCCCUAUGAUGUUCAGCUGGGCUACUCAGUCCUUUCCCGUGGCAGCUAUGUUCCUCACCCGUCCCGCCGACCCCUGUCACUGCUGCACCAGUCAUUACAAUCUUUGGAGUCGAUCAUGAAGUGUGUGCAGAUGAGCUGGAUGGUCAUUCUUGUGGGGCCGGCCUCUGUGGGCAAGACCAGCCUGGUCCAACUUCUGGCAUACCUUACUGGCCACACAUUAAAGAUCAUGGCUAUGAACAGUGCAAUGGACACUACUGAGCUUCUCGGUGGAUUUGAGCAGGUUGACCUUCUACGACCUUGGAGGCAGUUGCUAGAGAAGGUGGAAGGUACUGUAAGAGUGCUGUUAAGGGACAGCCUCCUUAUCAGUGCUGAUGAUGCAGAAGUAGUGCUGCGAGCCUGGAGUCAUUUCCUGCUGACGUAUAAUCCCAAGUGUCUUGGAGAAGGUGAUAAAGGUGUCACAAUGGAGAUUUUCAAUAAGCUGGAAGCAGUAUUACUGCUUAUGCAGCGACUCAACAAUAAAAUCAACUCAUAUGCCAAGACAGAGUUUGCCAGACUGGUGGAAGAGUUCCGAAGCUUUGGAUUGAAGCUUAUGCAGUCAGUCAGUGGCCACAGCCAUGGCACGUUUGAAUGGAUUGACAGCAUGUUAGUUCGGGCCCUGAAGUCUGGAGACUGGCUUCUGAUGGACAAUGUUAACUUCUGCAACCCAUCAGUCCUGGAUCGUUUGAAUGCUUUGCUUGAGCCUGGAGGUGUCCUCACUGUUAGUGAACAAGGAAUGAUAGACGGAUCCACUCCCACGAUAACACCAAAUCCUGAUUUCAGGCUUUUUCUCUCAAUGGAUCCUGUUCAUGGAGAAAUAUCCCGAGCUAUGAGGAAUCGUGGACUUGAAAUCUAUGUUUCAGGAGAAGGGGAUGGGAACAUCCCAGAUGACCUGGAUUUGAAAGUUCUCCUGCACAGCUUUGGGUUGGUGGGGGAUAGUGUGUGUGACAUCCUCUUGGCUCUACACAGAGAGACCCGAGACGCUGUUAUAGGUUCUCCAACAUCUUCUAUGUCAACUCUAAUUCAGACAGCUUUACUCAUUGUCCAGUAUCUGCAGCGAGGGUUAAGUUUAGAAAGAGCUUUUUCUGAAGCAUGCAGGGAAAUCUACGUCUGUUCCCAGCAUUCCCCAGCAAACCGGAAGCUUGUGCAGGCAUUACUGGAGAAACAUAUUGCUUCUCUGCGAGCAUCUGAAACCUGGGGUCACUCCAUUCUUGCCAUGGGAUUGUGGCCAGACUCUCUGCCCUCAGUUCUGUUUACUACUGAAGAUUCUCACCUGUCUGUGGUCCGAAGUGAUGGACAGAUCUUGGCAUAUUGCCUCAACAGGCUGAGCAUGAAAACCAGCAGUUGGGCAAGGAUUCAGCCUCUUACCUUGCAAGACUUGGAGAAAAUAAUGCAGUCCUCCAACCCUGAGAACCUGAAAUUCAGUGCAGUUGAAGUGGAUACUCACUGGAUCGAUGAACCAGAUGUUCUGGCCAUGGCUGUUAAAUUGCUCAUAGAAAGAGCAAGCAAUCAGGAUUGGAUGCUUAGAGUUAAAUGGCUUUAUCAUUUAGCUAAGAAUGUACCACAGGGGCUUGAGUCAAUACAGAUUCAUUUGGAAGCCAGUGCUGCAUCUCUCAGGAAUUUUUACUCAAAUUCUCUCUCAGCUGGUAUCAGUAAUGUCAUCAAAAUAUUACAACCAAAUAUAACAGAUGAAUUUGUGGUCCCUUUGGACCCCCGAUGGAAUAUGCAGGCUUUGGACAUCAUUAGAAAUUCGAUGGACUUUGACCCACAAACGGACCAGCCUGAGCAGCUGUUUGCCCUUUUAGAGUCUGUUGCAAACAAAACAAUCAUAUAUCUUGACCGGGAAAAACGGAUUUUUACAGAAGCAACUUUGGUUUCUGUUGGCGGCAAAAAGUUAAGAAAUAGUGUUUUAAGAAUGUCCUUUGAAUUCCAUAAAGAUCCAGAGAGCUACCACAGCCUGCCCCAUGAAAUCGUGGUCAAUCUUGCUGCCUUUUUCGAACUUUGUGAUGCACUAAUCCUUCUCUGGGUACAGUCCUCCCAGGAGAUGGUGUCUGAUGCCCGUCUCAAGGAGAUUUUGGGUUGUGUGCUGUGGCGGGACCGGUUUUGGACUGUGGCUGAUACAGUAAAAGUGGAUGCUCCAGGCUUGGCCCUGCUGGCCCUUCAUUGGCACUGGGUUUUAAAACAUUUGGUCCAUCAGAUUCCCCAACUCCUGAUGAAUCAUGAAAACAAAUAUUACAAUGAGGUUCAGACCGUUUCAGAACAUAUUCAGAAUUGCUUGGGGAGCCCAACUGGUGACUUCACUGGUAUAAAGAAGUUGCAAAAGUUCCUGGGACGACCAUUUCCUUUUAAGGACAAACUGCUGGUGGAGUGUUUUUCACAAUUGAAAGUCCUUAACAAAGCCCUCGCCAUCAAGGAGCGGAUGCCUGCCCUUGGUGAGAGUGGAUGGCGGGAAGACAUUAGUCGUCUCCAAAUGGCUGCGUCUGAGUGGACAUUCAAGAAAAGUCUCUUGCAGACCUGGGGCUUUCUCCUCAGAGCUAAUAUUCUGGAAGAUGUUGACCCAGAUGAAUUAAAGAAUCUUGUGAAUGCUCAGUGUGUAGAACUGCAAGCUAAAGGAAUUCCCCUUGGUUUUCCGGAGAAGAAGCCCAGUGACGCUGCCUCCCUGUCCCAGCCAGACUUCACCACCUUGAUCCAACUCACCAGAAGUGUUCAGCUGUGGCCCGCAAUGGAGUACCUGGCUGUGCUUUGGCAGUACAAAGUGACUGCUGAUUUUAUGACUCAGGCUUGUCUGAGAAGGUCCAGCAAAAAUCAACAACCACAGGUAGAUGAAGAGAUAAGCCAUUACCUUACAUUUUGUCUCAAGCAUACACCAGUUGCUCCUCAGGAGCUUCGAGAGUUUUGGUCCUUGCUGCACCAUGAGAAGGUGUCUACUGAAGAAAUGAUUUCUUUGUGGUCUGAGCUACUUAAUUCCACAUUUACGUCUUUCUGGAGCAGCACUGUGACCACAAAUCCCGAGUACUGGCUGACGUGGAGCCCUCUACCUAGCGGGCAGCAGAGGGAAAUGUCCAAGAACCUUUUGGGCUCCACGUUGAAGGGCCCUGGCAGUCUCAGUAGAGCCAUGUUCUCCAAGUGCUGCUUUGAAGUUUUGACCAGCAGCUGCAGAGCAAGUCCCUGGGAUGUGAAUGGCCUCCCCAUCCUGUCCUCCUCACACGUCACCCUGGGAGAGUGGGUUGAGAGAACCCAGCAGCUCCAGGAUGUCAGCUCAGUGCUUUGGACCAACAUGGCUGUUCCUUCAGUAGCAGAGUUCAGACGCACGGAUUCCCAGCUCCAGGGGCUGGUGCUGUUCCGGCACCUAGCAGGCCUGGCAGAGCUGCUCCCAGAGCCCCGACAGCAGGAAUACGUGCAGAACUGUGAGCAACUGCUGCUUGGAGACAGCCAGGCCUUCCAGCACGUGGGCCAGACUCUUGGGGACAUGGCUGGUCAAGAGGUCUUGCCCAAAGAGCUGCUCUGCCUCUUGCUUUCCUCCCUGCGCCACUUUUUUGGGGAAGGGGAGAGUAAGAGGAACCUGCCUGAGCCAGCCCAGCGUGGGAGUCUCUGGGUGGGCCUUGGCUUGCUCCAGAUUCAGACAUGGCUUCCCCAGACUCGCUUCGACCCUGCAGUGAAGAGGGAAUACAAGCUCAAGUAUGCCAAGGAAAAGUUAUACCAACUGCAGUGUGAGUGGAAAAUCCAAAACCUCUCAUCCCAACUGAAAACUGGAAGAGACCUGGAAGAUGAAGUCAUUAUCAGUUACUCUCAUCCUCACAUCAGGUUGCUCCGCCAAAGAAUCGAUGAGCUGGAGCAUCAGAUCUGCAGCCUGUCCAAGAAGCAGGCGUUCAGACCCCAGCUGCCUACGUACGAGUCCCUGGUGCAGGAGAUCCAUCACUACAUCAGCAGCAUCGCCAAGGCUUCUGCUGUUCAGGAUCUGCUCACGCGGCUCCUGCAGGUGCUCCACAUGGAUGGGCCUCGGGCUGCCCAGGUGGCCCAGGGCCUUCUAAAGGAGGAGGCCUCUUGGCAGCAGUCACAUCACCAGUUCAGGAAGCGGCUAGCAGAGGAGUACGCCCUAUAUCCAGACACUGUGGCCCCACUGCAGGCAUCUGUCCUGCAGUUGCAACAUGGCAUGAGGCUGGUGGCAUCUGAGGUCCACGCCUCACUCCAUGGCAGCGUGGUCUCUGCUGACAGGCUGGGUGCCCUAGCCACAUCCCUGUUGGCUUUUCCUUCGGUGGGCCCUACCUUCCCCACCUAUUACGCUCAUGCAGACAUUUUGUGCUCAGUGAAGUCAGAGGAGGUUCUGCGAAGCCUUGAGAAGUUGACCCUCAAGUGUUCUGGGGGAAAGGAGCUGGAAGACAAGGACCUGAGGCCCUGUCCCACCCAGGAGCAGCUGCUGAUGAAUGCUCUCCUUUACCUGCGCUCACAUGUGCUGAGCAAGGGAGAGCUGGAUCAGAGGGCCCUGCAGCUCUUCAGGCAUGUGUGCCAGGAAAUCAUCAAUGAGUGGGAUGAACAGGAACGCAUAGCCCAAGAAAAGGCAGAGCAGGAAAGCAGCCUGUACAGAUACAGGAGCCGGAACUCCAGGACAGCUUUGAGUGAGGAGGAGGAAGAAGAACGGGAGUUCAGAAAACAGUUCCCAGUGCAUGAAAAGGACUUUGCAGAUAUUUUGGUAGAGCCAACACUAGAGGAGAAAAAGGGAACUUCAGAUGGGCAAGAAGAGGAAGCAGCCACAGACACAGCUCUCCUCUCCCAGAGUUCAAUGCAAGCCGUGAUGCUGAUACACCAGCAGUUGUGUCUCAACUUUGCUCGAUCCCUUUGGUAUCAUCGGACUGUGCUGCCCCAUGAGGCAAAGCAUUACCUCAGCCUGUUUCUGUCCUGCUAUCAGACCGGGGCAUCUCUCGUGACUCACUUCUACCCCCUGAUGGGGUUUGAGCUGAAUGACCAACUUUUGGGCAGCCAGCUUUUGGCCUGCACCCUCUCCCAUAAUACUCUCUUUGGGGAGUCGACCUCAGACCUGAUGGUGAAACUUGAUGGGCCCUAUGACUUUUAUCGGCAUCCCAAUGUCGCCGAAGCACGGCAGUGCCAACCAGUGCUUCAAGGUUUCUCAGAGGCUGUCAGUCAGUUGCUACAGGAUUGGCCGGAACAUCCAGUGCUUGAGCAGCUUCUGGUUGUAAUGGACAGAAUUCGUAGUUUCCCACUUUCCAGUCCCGUCUCAAAGUUCCUGAAUGGCUUGGAAAUCCUUCUGGCAAAGGCACAGGAUUGGGAGGAGAAUGCGAGUCGAGCUCUGUCUUUGCGGAAACAUCUUGAUUUGGUCAGUCAGAUGAUCAUUCGGUGGCGUAAAUUGGAACUGAACUGCUGGUCCAUGAGUCUAGAUAAUACCAUGAAGCGCCAUACCGAGAAAUCCACCAAGCACUGGUUCUCCAUCUAUCAGAUGCUUGAGAAGCACAUGCAGGAACAAACAGAAGAGCAGGAAGAUGACAAGCAGAUGACUCUGAUGUUGCUGGUCAGCACAUUACAAGCAUUUAUUGAAGGAUCCUCACUGGGAGAAUUCCAUGUGCGGCUUCAGAUGUUACUGGUUUUCCAUUGUCAUGUCUUGCUGAUGCCACAGGUUGAAGGAAAGGAUUCACUAUGCAGUGUUCUGUGGAACUUGUACCAUUAUUACAAGCAAUUCUUUGACCGGGUCCAGGCCAAAAUUGUGGAACUCCGUUCCCCCCUAGAAAAAGAACUUAAAGAAUUUGUUAAGAUAUCUAAGUGGAAUGAUGUCAGCUUCUGGUCCAUUAAACAAUCUGUGGAAAAGACACACAGGACCCUCUUUAAAUUCAUGAAGAAAUUUGAAGCUGUGCUGAGUGAACCCUGCCGGUCAUCCCUGGUGGAGAGUGACAAGGAGGAACAGCCUGACUUUUUGCCCAAACCAACAGAUGUAGCCUCGAGUGAAGCGUCCCCCAUUCAGAGUCUGAACAGGGCACUAAAGGAGACCCUGUUAGCCCGGCCAGCAGCAGGCCAGGCCGUGAUUCCAGAACAGUAUCGGAGUGUUGCCCCUUUCCCCUCAGAGGGGGAGCUCCUGAGACGCCUGCCAAAGCUCAUGAAACGAAUGAGGAAGAUGUGCCUGACGUUUGUGAGGGAGAGCCCUGUGCCACACCUGGUGGAGGGUCUCGAUCAGUUCACAGGUGAAGUACUUUCCUCUGUGAGUGAGCUGCAGAGUUUAAAGGUAGAGCCCACCAUGGAGAAGGAGAAACAGCGGUCAGAAGCCAAGCACAUUCUCAUGCAGAAGCAGCGAGCUUUAUCAGACCUCUUUAAAUACCUUGCCAGAGCCGGUUUGUCAUAUCGCAAAGGUCUUGCCUGGGCCCGUUCAAAAAACCCCCAAGAGAUGCUCCAUCUUCACCCAUUAGAUCUCCAGAGCGCGUUGUCUAUAGUAAGCAGCACUCAGGAGGCCGAUUCUAGACUGUGUACAGAAAUCUCAUCUUCUUGGGACGGGUGCCAGAAGUAUUUUUAUCGAUCUCUUGCACGGCAUGCCAGGCUUAGUGCAGCCCUUGCAACCCCUGCCAAGGAGAUAGGUGUGGGCAACGUUGAGCGGUGUAAAGGGUUCUCGGCACACUUGAUGAAGGUGCUUACCCGGCAGCGGCGCUCCCUGACCACACUUACUGAGCAGUGGAUCAUCCUCAGGAACCUCCUCAGCUGUGUGCAGGAGAUUGAGGGCAGGCUGAUGGGGCCCACUGUUUACCCCGUGGCCUUCCCCCCACAGGAUGGCGUGCAGCAGUGGACAGAGAGGCUGCAGUACCUGGCCAUGCAGAGCCAGAUUCUGCUCGAGCAGCUCUCCUGGCUCCUCCAGUGUUGCCCAAGUACAGGAUCGGCUCCAGGCCAUGGCGAUGCCCAGGCCCAGGGCCUGCCCUCUGCUCCCCGACAGGAAGGACCAGAACUCAGAAAGGGGCAGCUUUCCAGAGCAGUUCCAGACCUGGUCCCAUCAGAUCUUAGCUACCCAUCCCCAGUGCCUGAAAGUCAGCUGCCGCCUGGUUGUAGGAUGCGGAAACAGGACCAGCUUUGGCACCAGUCAACUACAAGAUUAUCAGAGAUGCUGAAAACUGUUAAAACAGUGAAAGCUGAUGUUGACAAAAUUAGGCAGCAGUCUUGUGAGACCCUCUUUCAUUCUUGGAGAGAUUUUGAAGUUUGCUCUUCUGGGCUGAGUUCCCUGUCCCAGGUGUCAGCUCAUUUGCAAGGCCUAGAGUCCUUGUUCAUUCUUCCAGGGAUGGAGGUUGAGCAAAUGGACCCACAAAUGGCAUUGGUUGAGAGCCUGGAAUAUGUAAGAGGAGAAAUUAAUAAAGCUUCAGCUGAUUUUAAUACCUGGAAGGUGCAUCUACUCACUUCAAGUAGCCAAGGAGGAAACCAAAUAUUGGAUGAAGGGUUUGUGGAAGAUUUUUCAGAGCAGAUGGAAACUGCCAUCCGGGCCAUUCUCUGUGCCAUUCAGAACUUAGCAGAGAGAAACAGUAAAAAAGCAGAGGAGAACACAGAACAAACCAGACCACAGGAAGAGGAUGAAGCAACAGCCUUUGAGAGACUGCAGUCAGGGCAUCUAACAAAACUCUUGGAGGAAGACUUCUGGGCUGACGUGAGCACUCUGCAGGUGCAAAAAAUAAUUUCUGCUAUCUCUGAGCUGUUGGAGAGGCUGAAAUCGUACGGGGAGGAUGGCACUGCAGCGAAGCACACGUUCUUCAGGCAGUCCUGCUGCUUGUUGGCGCACCUGGUGCCCAUGCUCUCCGGGUACUCAGACCUCGUCCUCUUCUUCCUGACCAUGUCUUUGGCAACUCACCGUAGCACUGCAAAGCUGCUCUCUGUGCUUGCCCAGGUCUUUACAGAGCUCGCCCAGAAGGGGUUUUGUCUGCCCAAAGAAUUGAUGGAAGAUUCAGGAGGAGAGGGAGCAACUGAGUUCCACGAUUAUGAGGGGGGUGGAAUUGGAGAAGGUGAGGGCCUGAAGGACAUGAGUGACCAGAUAGAAAAUGAAGACCAGGCAGAAGAUACAUUUCAGAAGGGUCAAGAAAAGGAUAAAGAGGAUCCAGACUCAAAAUCUGAUAUUAAGGACGAGGAUAAUGCCAUUGAGAUGUCAGAAGACUUUGAUGGGAAAAUGCAUGAUGGGGACCUUGAAGAACAAGAAGAGGAUGAUGAGAAAUCAGAAAGUGAGGGUGGAGACCUGGAUAAGCAGAUGGGUGAUCUCAAUGGUGAGGAAGCUGACAAACUAGAUGAGAGGCUUUGGGGUGAUGACAAUGAUGAGGAGGAGGAGGAGGAGGAAGAAGACGGUAAAACUGAAGAAACAGGACCAGGAAUGGAUGAGGAAGAUUCUGAACUUGUUGCCAAAGAUGACAACUUGGAUGCUGGGAAUUCGAAUAAAGAUAAAAACCAGCAAGAUAAGAAGGAAGAAAAAGAAGAAUCGGAAGCUGAAGAUGGCGGACAAGGCCAAGAGAAAAUUAAUGAACAAAUAGAUGAGAGGGAAUAUGAUGAGAAUGAGGUGGAUCCUUACCACAGCAAUCAGGAAAAACUGCCAGAACCUGAGGCCUUGGACCUUCCAGAUGACUUGAACCUGGAUAGUGAAGAUAAGAAUGGUGAUGAGGACACAGACAAUGAAGAAGAGGAAGAGAAUCCUUUGGAGAUAAAAGAAAAGCCCAUGGAUUUGGAAGAAGCAGGUCAUGAAGCUGAGGAAAUAAAUGAAGAGGCUGAGGCUGACCAGAAGGAAGGUCAGGGUCAGCAGGAGCCUGAGGAAGGGCCCAGGGAAGAUGACCAGGUCGAAGGGGAUGAAGAGAUGGACAUAGCAGCUGAUGACCAAGAGGAAGAUACUCCUGAACCUGAAGAAACUUUAGAGGAGGAGCAUCUGACUCAGGAGGAAAAGGACAAAGAAGCCAAUGAGGAAGGUGUGGAGAAUGGCACCCUGGUUGACCAAGGUCUGCAGCCUCAGAAGCAGGAAGAAGAGAGAGAGAACUCUGACGCAGAAGAGCAGGUGCCAGAGGCCACAGAGAGGAAAGAGCACGACUCUUGCGGGCAGACAGGGGUGGAGAAUGUGCAGAGUGAACAGGCCGUGGAGCUGGCUGGGGCUGUGCCAGUGACGGAGCUGGGCAAAGAGGAACACGGGAGUGGAGCCGCAGAUGCAAACCAGGCAGAAGGCCAUGAAUCCAACUUCAUCGCCCGGUUGGCCUCCCAGAAACCCACCAGGAGAAACACACAGAGUUUUAAGAGGAAACCUGGGCAGGCCGACAAUGAACGCUCCAUGGGUGACCACAACGAGCGUGUGCAUAAGAGGCUGAGGACUGUGGACUUGGACAGCCACGCUGAGCAGGGGCCGACCCAGCCCCAGGCCUGCGUGGAGGAAGCAGACACCUUUGAGCACAUCAAACAAGGCAGCGACACUUACGAUGUGCAGACCUAUGAUGUGGCCAGCAAGGAGCAGCAGCAAUCUGCAAAAGCCCCCAACAAGGAUCAGGAAGAGGAGGAAAUGGAGGAUGCCCUCAUGGACCCAGAGGAGCAGGAGGAGCUCAAAGCAGCAGACACAGAGCAGCUGAAGCCAGAGGUCAAAUCAGGGACCACAGCAGCCCCUGGCUUUGAAGAGUUGGAGAUGGAGAUACAAACUGUUAAAACAGAGGAAGACCAAGAGCCUAGGACAGACAAAUCCCUCAAGGAGACUGAGAAUGAGAAACCAGCGAGAAGCAGAGAGUCAACCAUACAUACGGCGCAUCAGCUGCUGGUGGACGCAAUUUUCCAGCCAUUUUUAAAAGAUGUCAAUGAACUGAGACAGGAGCUGGAGAGACAGCUGGAAACAUGGCAGCCACAUGAAUCUGGAAAUCCAGAAGAAGAGAAGGCUGCAGCUGAGAUGUGGCAGAGUUAUCUGGUCUUAACUGCACCUCUUUCACAACAGUUGUGUGAACAGCUUCGCCUCAUAUUAGAGCCUACCCAGGCAGCAAAGCUGAAAGGAGACUAUCGAACUGGGAAGCGACUGAACAUGCGGAAGGUCAUUCCAUAUAUUGCUAGUCAGUUUCGGAAGGACAAGAUCUGGCUUCGAAGGACCAAGCCCAGUAAACGCCAGUAUCAGAUUUGUUUGGCCAUUGAUGACUCCUCGAGCAUGGUGGACAACCAUACCAAACAGCUUGCAUUUGAAUCUUUGGCUGUAAUUGGAAAUGCUCUAACCCUCUUGGAAGUGGGUCAGAUUGCAGUGUGCAGUUUUGGAGAGUCUGUAAAGUUGUUACACCCAUUCCAUGAGCAGUUCAGUGAUUACUCGGGGUCCCAGAUUCUACGGCUUUGCAAAUUCCAACAGAAGAAAACCAAGAUUGCUCAGUUUCUAGAGUCCUCAGCCAGCAUGUUUGCAGCUGCUCAGCAGCUCUCGCAAAACAUCAGUCCAGAAACUGCACAGCUCCUCCUGGUUGUCUCUGAUGGACGAGGUCUUUUCUUCGAGGGCAAAGAAAGAGUCCUAGCAGCAGUUCAGGCGGCCCGGAAUGCUAACAUUUUUGUCAUUUUUGUUGUGUUGGACAAUCCCAAUUCACGGGAUUCCAUCUUGGACAUUAAAGUACCAAUAUUUAAAGGACCUGGAGAGAUGCCUGAGAUCCGAUCAUACAUGGAGGAAUUCCCAUUCCCAUUCUACAUAAUUCUUCGUGAUGUGAAUGCUCUUCCUGAGACGCUCAGUGAUGCUCUUAGGCAGUGGUUUGAGUUGGUGACGGCCUCUGACCAUCUUUAGAACAGAAAGAGGCCAAAGUGAGACUUUUUAUUUCAACCACAGCCAGAACGUCAAAAUUCUUAUCCAGGUGUUCCUAUUUGAACAAUGGUUUCUGAACUCACAGCUCUACAAUAGGAUAUUCAUUUACCUUUUACUUAGAUCUGACAUAAAAAUUCAUUCACGGCUACAGAAAAUUUUAUUGCAGUGUACAUUUUUAUUUGCAACAUGAUUUUAGUUAGGGUUUAGAGAAAGCUCUUUGGCUUCUGCUUUGCCUAGGCUAAGGUUCUUAUAACAACCUGAGGCAGGAAGGAAGCAGAUGUGGCAGAUGUCAAGUCUUGGGUACCAUGGGGAGAACUAUCCCACGGCCUGUCUUAGAAGCCCCGGCCCGAGAGAGGCCACGCCCCAUGCUUUCCUUUCUAGGGAUCCUGGACAUUGGCCUUGAGAUGCUGCCAGAAAUCUGGGACUGUGCCAGUCCUAGGGACAAAAGGACCAAAGGAAGCUGCCCUUUCACCCCUGCUCUAAGGCUUUGUCUUGCCAAGCCUACAGUGUGUACCCAAAAGCUGUUAGAUGGUUGAAACAGCUGCACUUUUCUAGAGUUUGAGUGUGCAUUUUAUUAUCGUGCUUGAUGUGAGAGAACUACCUUCUCUUAGAAGGUAGGGUGCGUGUGGUGUGUGUGUUCUCGUAAUGCAACCAGACUUCAUGGGUGCCCAGGCGAAAAUGGUCCUUGGGCUGUGUAAAAAUGAAGUGGCUUUUCAGUGUCCUCUUUCACAUAUGCUGCUUCGGGAGACUAUGCAAUGAUGAAAAGAUGAUUUUUCUUUGUUUAUUUCAUUCUCUCAGUGCCAUAGUUCCUGUUGUUAAUAGUAAUUUAUUUCUUUAGUUCAUUUUUUUUUAGGUGAAAAGUCAUUCCUUACACUGCUUUCAAGCUGAACUGAGCCAGUCUCAUUCUGAAAAAGAAAUGCUGUGCCCAAGAGAACUAAGCAGCUAUAUCUUUUAAAUUUUUUCCACUUAAAAAUACAUUAAUGAUUUUUAGACAGUUUUUACUUGGCCAGAAAGCAGUGUCUGAAUACUUGAAACUGUGUGCUGUGUUCUAUUUAACGUCCUGAUCAUCAGAAUGUUCUUUUGUAGGCAACAUGCCAUGACGUGAUCACCUGUCUCCAUGUAUGUUAUCAAAGUUUCACUGUGAAGUUUGCCACCCUUUUGAGGUGGCCAUCAAAGACACAGAUUGCUUGUUGUUUAACCAAGUGUCCUAAAGCAUGUACCUGAAGUUUUAUCAUUAUUUUUUAUUCCAAAAAGCUAUGCAGCUUAUAUUCUGAAAACUAUUAAAAAUAUACCACUGUUGAUGUAA